AUGAAUGGCCCCCUCCUGUCCUCCUUCCCCCCGAGCGUCUCCCCUUCUUCCUCGCCCUUUGCUCGUCUGAGUGGGAGGGUUCGAGGUCUGGUGAGGAAGGUCAUGUUUGUAGGGAUCCCUGUGUACGAUGAAGAAGAGAUGUCCAACGACGAUGCGAGGGGAGCGGAACGUGAGGUCACCAUUGACUUCUUCGGGAGGAGGUUCAGGAGUGCAGAGACGCUGCAGAAGGAUGCGGAGGAUGCGAGAGAGGCGCUGCAGUGGAUGCGACAGACUGUUUCUAGAGCGAGGAUAGACUCCUGGAAGCAGAUCUACACCCUGGGGGGGAAUGCAGAGGUCGAGAAGCUCAUGCACGAGAUAAACGUGUUCGACGGCAGCAGCGUGAGCGGGUCGAUAGCAUACGAGUACGCCAGUGAGAUUCGACAAGCUUUCGAGGAGCUCGAGGAGCAGCAGCGGAGCCAGGCGGCGGCAGCAGCCAACAAGACAGCAGGAGGAGAUGCGGAUGAAUCGGAGAUACCUCUGGUGAACUUGACGUCUGACAUGAAGGAGGAGGAGGAGGACGUUGAGUUGACGAGGGACUGGCUGUACUCGGGAGCCGAUCCCAUGACCUUCUCCGAGUUCCCGGAGAAUGAGCCGCAAAAGGAGCCAGGGAGGGAGGAGGAGGCAGUGGGAAAGGCUCUGUCGAUCGUGGAGGAGGAGGAGGAUUUUCAGAACAGGUUUCUCACGGACCUGUCAUGGAUCACUUCUUGGCUGGGCCUCAAGAGCAAGAGUCCUGAUGAGCUCAACGAAGAACUACUUGCUGGGAUUCAAGAAGGAGAUUAUGACAAAGUAAAGAAGGCUCUGAUAUCUGGAGCUGACAUUGAGUAUCGUUCUGAAGACGGGAAGAAUGCGCUGCAGGUACAGGAGGGAGCAGGGGCAGCAGCAGCAGCAGCAGCAGCAGCAGGAGAAAGAGCAGGGGCAGGGGCAGGGGUAGGGGAAGGGCAGGGGAAGGGGCAGCGGCAGCGGCAGCAGCAGGAGAAAGAGCAGGGGAAGGGGAAGGGGCAGGGGAAGGGGCAGCAGCAGCAGCAGGAGAAAGAGCAGGUGGUGAGCAAUCCAUUCUCACACCCCAUUUGCAAGCGAGUCGAGUGCCGGAUCUGCGGCUGCUUCCACGGAGAGCUUUGGGCCGAUGGCUUCCUCUUCGAUGGCUGUCCAGUCGACACUCGAUUCUGCAUUAAUGGAUGCGGCGUCGUUUUCUUGCCCCUCGACUGA